AUGACAUGGACUGUAUUUUGGUGUAGAGUGCCCCGGGAUAUUCUUGUAAGACAUCCAAGUGUGCCGCGAACGAAAAAAGGUUGAGAACCACUGCUCUGCGGACCUGUGAUAAAUGCUAUAGCGUAAACGUGCGCGCGCGUUCGUGUGUUUGUGUGUGUGUAACUUCUGCAAUUCCCAACGACUGUACACAAUAUUUCGGUUUUCGGUACACACAACUGUUUUUUACGUCCGGUGUCGCGGUUGAUAGUGUCGUAGCUGUUAUUUUACUCGCCGUGACGUCGUCACUCGUUACAAGUGUACAACAUAGUCGUUACGUUACGAUUCGUCUGCCUGUGUGUGUGUGUGGCGUGUGUGCGUUAGUGCCUACUGCCUAUAGUGACUGAGUUUUUUUUCCCCCCCGGAUUUGUUUGCCGGCAGACGUCCACCGCGUCCCGUAACGACGAGUGUUUCGCCCCGUAGACGACCGCACCGCCGAGUAGAAUUUUUCAUCCGUUUCAAUCCGGACCGGACGCCGCUCAAUCAACCAUGGCAGACUUAGACGACCAAUUGUUGGAAGGCGGUAUCGAUUUAUCGUCUGAAGAACAUAACACACAAAUUAGUAUAGAAAACAGCAUGUCUUUUGAUUUGAUUGAAAACGGUCAAUCGAAUAAUGUCGAUUCUCAAGCGUCAGCAGAUUCUGACUUAGAAGUAAUUAGAGCACGCGUACGAGAAAUGGAAGAAGAAGCUGAAAAGUUAAAAAAAUUGCAAUCACAAGUAGAUCAAGAAAUGUCAAACACUCCAGUUCUGUCUUCUCCAAAUUGCUCAAAAACAAGUGCGACUUAUAAUUUGUCUGAACAGGAAAAGGCUGAAGCUGAUGCUAGAUCUGUUUAUGUUGGUAAUGUCGAUUAUGCAGCAACGGCAGAAGAAUUGGAAACUCAUUUCCAUGGCUGUGGCUCAAUAAAUCGAGUUACCAUAUUGUGUAACAAAUUUGAUGGUCAUCCAAAAGGAUUUGCAUAUAUUGAGUUUGCCGACAUGGAUUCUGUUAACACAGCCAUGGCGAUGGAUGAUUCUUUAUUUAGAGGUCGUCAAAUUAAAGUUAAUCCAAAAAGAACUAAUAAACCUGGGAUAAGCACUACAAAUCGUCCAGUAGCGUCUAGGGGUAGAGCUAUGUUCCGAGGUCGCCCAAUGUCACGUGGUGGUGCACAAUCAUCAUUUUAUGGCGGUUACAGACCUUCGCGUAGACCAAGAGGUGGUUAUUCCAGAAGAGCAAUGUAUUAUCCUUACUGACGUUCACUAUAAAUCCAUCGCUACAGUUCAUCGGUGGGAACAAUCAAUAUUUAAAAAAUUAAGAAGUUUUACAAAAGGCUUUUUAAAAUGAAAAAUGAUUUCUUUUGUACAUACAUCCCAACAUUAAUUGCAUAGCCUUUAAUGGGCUAUUGGGAAUGUAUUAGCUUAAGUUUUUACUAUUGAUUGAACAUUGGAUUGAUUUAAUAUUUAUAAUUAUAGCCUGUAAUAACUAAUUGGAAAUAAAAAAAUAUUAUGUACUUCAUAUGACUGUGCAAUGAAUUGUGAAAUUAUUCAUUUUAUAUUAUUCUAUCUAGAUACAUUGUAUGUUUCAAAUUAAUAUUGAAUGUUCUAUUCUAGAAUAAUAUACUAUCCAUUAUAUUAGAUCUUAAGGUUUGAAAAGUUCAUAUGUGCCUAGCUAUAAGUUUUAUUAUACCUAGAUAAUUUUAAAUUAUUUUAACUCACUAUUUUUCUAAAUUUGAAA